GUCGGUAGUCACUGCUGUGGAGUCUGGAGCCUCUUCUUCUCUCUGGUAUCAGCCAUUAGCAGAGCCCUGUGGCCCCGUAUACAGAGGAUAUAUAUAUAUAUAUAUAUAUAUAUACAGCCCUCGCUGGCUGUGGCCCCCAGGAUACAUUCACACCGGCCCCGUAUACAGAGGAUAUAUAUACAGCCCUCGCUGGCUGUGGCCCCAGGAUACAUUCACACCGACCCCGUAUACAGAGGAUAUAUAUACAGCCCUCGCUGGCUGUGGCCCCAGGAUACAUUCACACCGGCCCCGUAUACAGAGGAUAUAUAUAUAUACAGCCCUCACUGGCUGUGGCCCUCAGGAUACAUUCCCACCGACCCCGUAUACAGAGGAUAUAUAGACAGCUCUUGCUGGCUGUGGCCCCCAGGAUACAUUCACACCGGCCCUGUGCUGGGACUGAUGAGAACACUCGGCGCGUGGCUCCAGUAGAAGGUCCGGAGUUCCGAUCACGUGGGACGCCAGAUGUGACACCGCUUGAUAGACAACAUGAGACGCUGGCGUCUCUCACAUCGCCUCACAUAUCUGAACUAAGAGGGACAGUGCACCCAGGCACCGCUCCACAACCAAAGCAGAGACGGGCACCCCAACCUGAAGGAGAGGUUGAUUUCUAGCUUUUCCUCACCUCAUAAAAGCCUCCACAGUACUAGAAGCCCCCAGCUCCUCCAGAUUUCUCCUCAUUUCCUGAAUGACCACCAAGAAUGGACAGGAAGGAGAUCAGCAGAAGAAUAUUAGACUUCACCUUGGAGAUCAUCUACCUGUUGAGUGGAGAGGAUUACACCAUAGUGAAGAAGACUUCGGGGGGGACUCCCAUCAUCCAUGAGUCAGGAGGGUGGAGCAGGACCCCCAUCACAGAGCCUCCCCCCCUGAUACAUGAGCAGAAGAUCCUAGAACUCACCCACAAGAUGAUGGAGCUGCUGACUGGAGAGGUUCCUGUAAGGUGUCAGGAUGUGGUGGUCUAUUUCUCCAUGGAGGAGUGGGAGUACGUAGAAGGACACAAGGAUCUGUACAAGGAGGCCAUGAUGGAGGCUCCCCGGCCUCUAACAUCACCAGAUGAAUCUAGGAGGAGAAAUCCCCCCGAGAGAUGUCCCCAUCCUCUAUAUUCCCAGGACUGUCCAGAGGAGAAGCUCCCAGAGAACCAUCAGGAUGAAAAUAUGAUUGAUGUGAAGGUUGAGGUUAAAGAUGAAGCAGAAGAAGAGAUGGAUUUAUGGGGCGAGCAACAGUAUGGACUCAUAGAAAGAAAUCCACCUGAGAGAUGUCCCUGUCCUCUGUAUUCCCAGGACCGUCCAGAGGAGAAGCUCCCAGAGAACCAUCAGGAUGAAAAUCUGAUUGAUAUUAAGGUUGAGGUGAUGGAAGAAGCAGAAGAGGAGACAGAUUUUUGCGGCGAUCAUCAGUAUGACAAAUCAGGGGGAACAUGUGACUGA